UUGACUAUAGCAUAAUCGUCAACGCCCGUGUGUGUCAACUUUCUGAAACUCCUGAAAACAGUUUUUUUUACUAUUUUGGCAUUUAUUGUUAUCAUCAUUCCUUUAAAAUAACCAAAACCAUCUGCAUUUUAAGGAAAAUAUUCCAAAACAGUUACAAAUAUGGUAUCAUACUCGGAGGAUCAAUUGGCAGAGUUUCAAGAAGCUUUUCAAUUAUUUGACAGUCGUGGAGACGGUAAAAUUCAUGUGUCACAAAUAGGUGAUGCAUUGAGAGCUUUGGGACAAAAUCCCACUGAGUCAGACGUUAAAAAAUUCACCUAUCAGCAUAAACCUGACGAGCGUAUUAGUUUUGAAGUUUUUUUGCCAAUCUAUCAAACCAUCAGUAAAUCACGUACGUCUGAUACUGCUGAUGAUUUUAUUGAAGGUUUACGCCAUUUCGAUAAAGAUGGAAAUGGUAUUAUUUCUUCAGCUGAACUGAGACACCUGCUCACUACACUCGGUGAGAAACUUAGUGAUGAAGAAGUUGAACUUCUCUUAGCUGGCCAUGAAGACUCACAAGGAAAUAUUAAUUAUGAAGAAUUCGUCCGUCAAAUUAUGUCUGGAUAAGAAUUA